AAACUAAUUUCUGAUGUUUGGUUUUUAUAGGUAGAGCAUAGGAAGAUGACACCUGCUGCUGCCUUUGAGUAUGUGAGAUCAAGCAGGCCCCGGGUUCUUUUAGCUGCAUCGCAAUGGCAGGCAGUCCAAGACUACCACCGGCGUCGUGUGAAUCGAUUGCCCCUCAUCAAAACCCCUGCCUCUCUUCUUGCUGAAUCAUCAGAUUUAGACAACUUGCCGGAAUCCAGCAAUAACUGGUCAGAAUCGGGUGACCGGUCAAUUGUCUUAGUGACAGACUCAGACCUUGAAGGCUACGGGCCUGAGCAAGCAGGCCUCGUAGGUAACGAUUUGUGGGCAGAGCUAGGCCUAGCAUGCAGGGUUCGUCUCGUGGCUCGAAGUGCAGUUAGUGGAGUUGGGCUGGUGAGGUUCUCCACCCUUUGGCUUGGGUGUCGAGUAGGUGCUAAGAUCUCACCGGAAAAGCUUGUCAUGGCUGGAAAAUUGGCCGGAAACCCGGCCAUGGAGGGGAUGGACAUACCCGUGUUUUAGUUGGGGCAAAGAUAGGUAGAGAGAGGGGUUUUGGUAUUUUGCCUUGAUUCUGGUCAUUGUGUGUGUACAUAUAUGUUUGGAUUUAAGGUUAAAUAAAGUAUUGACAAGGGCUUGUUAGGGAAGAGAGUUCUUGUCUAGUCAGUCUUCGAGUCUUCUUUUCCAUUGAGGUCUUAUCAAAGCUGUGUAUAUUUGGCAACUUAUCUGAUGCUACACUGGAGAAGAGCUCUAUCAAUUGUUGUGUUGUUGUUUUGUGGACC